UUCAUUUCACUUCAAUCCCAUUUACGGCUUCUCUCCAACACCACCGCCAUGAACGGCCGUCGUAUCUCCGCCGUGAUUUUCGACAUGGAUGGCACCCUUCUGAAUACAGAGCAACUUACAAAGGAUCUGUUAAAGGAAUUUCUUGCUAAAUAUGGGAAAGUGGUGGAUAUGGACAAGGAAAACAAGAGACUUGGGACUGUACACCAUGAAUCAGCAAUUGGCAUUGUUAAAGACUAUGAUCUUCCAAUUACUCCUCAGCAAUACACCCAAAGCAUCAUGCCCAUGUAUCAUGACAAGUGGCUGCAAGCCAAAGCACUUCCUGGUGUUAAUCGCCUCAUCAAGCAUCUACAUAAGCAUGGAAUUCCAUAUGCAGUUGCUUCAAACUCCAUAAAGAAGAAUGUAGAAGUCAAAGUAUCUGCCCAAAAAGGUUGGAAAGAGUACUUUUCAGUAAUUCUUGGAAGUGACGAAGUUAAAUCAGGGAAGCCCUCUCCAGACUUAUUUCUGGAAGCUGCAAAUAGAAUGAGUGUGGAUGCAUCUUGCUGUCUUGUGGUAGAGGAUUCUGUGGUAGGGAUUAAAGCUGGAAAGGCUGCAAAAAUGCAAGUGGUGGCCGUGCCAUCUAUUCAAAGUGAAUCGGAUCAAUAUUUGAUUGCUGAUCACGUGAUCCAUUCAUUCCUAGAUUUCCAUCCAGAGCUUUGGGCACUCCCACCAUUUGAUGACUGGGUGAUGAAAGCAUUGCCAAUUGAACCAAUUCAUUUCGAGGGAUCAUACAGAAAUGGAUUUCUGCAAGAAAAUGCAGAUAAUGAAGCUUCUGAUCUUCCUGGUCAAGCCUGGGGUGUCUAUUUUGGUUGGGUUGAAGUUGACUCACUGGAGAGGUUUAAGAUUGUGGUUAGCAUCAGAUGGGACCGCAGCUGUGGUGCUUUCAGGAGAAAUAUUCAAGCUUGUUUCAUCAAUGGAAGUGAUGGACAAAUCUCUGAUCAGCUAAUGGAAGUAACACUUGUUGGUUACAUCAGGGGAUUUCCUACCAAGGAUUUCCAGCAAAAUCUUUCAACGAAUGCUCAAAUACUCGAUCAAGAUAAGUCGAUUGCAGAGGCUUGCUUGGAUCUAGCAGCGUAUAACGAGCUUUGGUGAGCAAAAGCCAAACCUUGGGUUUAACUGUUAUACUUGAAUAAAUUCAGAUCAACUCGAUUAUUAUACUAUAGAUGGUCUUUAGAAUCAAGAAUACGGAGUGCGUGUCUUCUACGAUAUUUGUUCUUUAUCUGAAUGGACUAAUGUAAUCUCUUUCGGUGUUAGUAUAAUUCAGCUUCU